GCGUCCAAUCAACUUAAUUAAUCAAUCAUGUAUAAAUCUUAUAAACAAGUGUCAUGCAACAAGUCAUCUCAACUGCCACCUGAAUCGAAGAAAAAAAAUAGUAAAAGUAAAAAGAUACCAUCGGGUCAACCUUUUCUCAUGGAUUUUCUCAAGAAAAGCAAACAUGAAACCUCGAUUGUAGCUUCAACAAGUACAAGUGCCACAGGACUUAUCACAAAUGCCUUACCGUCAGAAGCUGAUGAAGGUUCAUUUUUUAUUCUCUUAUUCUCAGUCAAAAAGAGCCUUACAUCAAUCAAGCCAAUCGUGCUCCAUGUUUAUGACAAGGAAAUUCCGAGGAAAAGUCCUGAUGAGAUUACUGUUAUUGUAAGAUUCAGAAUCAACAAUGAAUCAUUUGUUGGCAGAAUUAUCAUGAUUUCACGGGUUCGUGUUGCACUAGAAGAACAUAUUCCUAAAGCAAUUGAUGUGACCAAAAGUAAAUGUGAUCGGAAUCGUGCUCUUGUCUUUGAACCAACAGUUUAUUCUUUGACAAAGCACACCAUUUUGAUAAUUGCUGAUCCUCAUGAUCCACGGUCGAAGUUCCUCGGCUCAUUAUUCAGUAAAGCAACCGAAAACGUUAACCAUAUAACUGAAAAUCAGAAUCAAUUUGUAAGGAGCCCUGAAAACAUGGUUUAUGGACAAAUUGAUAAUGAUAGCGACGCUACUGAAGAGAUUCCUGAUGAUGAACAAAUAUUGGACGUUUCAAGUGACACGAAUGAUUAUGAACAAACAAGCUCACGUAAAAAACUGACAAAGAAAAGAAAAAUGCAUAAUUAUUCAGAAAAGAAAAUGAUUUGCAAAAUCAUGGACAAGAGAAACAGUGAUAACAUGAAAGCAAACACUGAGAUUUCAUAUGCUUUAGACAAAUUAGAGGAGAUGAUUCCAACUCUAUCUCCUUCUUCUGCCAUGACUCCUAUCAUUAGAAAUUUAUUCAUAUUGACUAAAAAUAUCAACUUUAAACUCAAUCAUAGAAACAAUGAUCAUGAGACUAGAUUCCCGCUCUCACGUAAUAUUACCACAGUGAAAGUAAACGGCAAGGACGAGAUUAAACUUGGUGGAAAAAUUUCUUUGCCAAUGACUGGUUAUGCAAAGGCAAUAGAAGCCCAAAAACCUAGUCUCGUCGUUUCCAGGAUCGUUAGAUCAUGUUUCCCUUCUUCAUUGAAAUUGAAUUGCGAGGUGAAUGAAGCGAAAAAUGACACGAAUCUCCUUUGGAGAUUAGGAAAUGAAGCUGCAACUGAUGAAGCUAGGAUGAAAGAAGGACAAGAAAUUUUAGACACAUUGAUCGAACACGCUCAUGCUAUCAAAAGCUUUGAUAGUAUGUCACUAACAAGUUAUCGUGAAUGCAUGCAUCAGGUUGACAAAGCACUGUAUGACUUCAAUCGCCGACAUCAACUAAAAGAAUCUGACUUGAACAAAAAGCAGACAGAAGAUUCAACAUUUGUUAAACCGCGAUCCAAUCAAACAAAAGAAUUCACAACACAUGCUUCUCAUGAUACAAUGAAUCAAGUUUCACUUUGGAGGCAAAAUUGUGAAGAAGCUGAUAGUAUUCUCUCAGAAAUUGCCAAAGAUCAAGUUGUUUUCAUGUUCAACUGAAGACAAUUUCAUUUGUCUCAUCAAUUCAUGUUUCAUGGUUUUUU